AUGCAACUUCAAGAGCUAAACAAUCGCUUUUCUGAAUCAAGUGCUGAGUUACUUUUGUGUAUGUCAUGCUUAAACCCAAGUGAUUCUUUUCGUGCUUAUGAUGAAAGGAAAUUGAUAUGUCUAGCAGAGCUAUAUCCAAGCGAUUUUUCUAUAAUUGAGGUUAUUGCUCUUAAAAAUCAAUUAGCAAUGUACAUCAUCGAUAUGCGGACCAGUGAAGAGUUCUCCUCUCUAAGAAGCAUUGUUAAUCUUGCAAAGCAGAUUGUUAAGUUCAAGAAGAAUGAUGUGUAUCCUUUGGUUUACAAACUUAUUACUUUAGCAUUAACCUUACCAGUUUCUACUAUUACGGUGGAGAGAGCAUUUUUAGCUAUGAAAAUUAUCAAACAUCGAUUGCGUAGUAGGAUGGGUGAUGAUUGGCUCAACGAUUGUCUUGUGCCUUACAUUGAAAAAGAUGUUUUCGAAGGAUCCAGCAGCGACAUCAGAGUGGUAUCAGAGCCUACCGAAACCAGUAAGAGAAUGGAGGAUAGCGGCAAAGCAACUGCAGCCGAAGAAUCGCGGACUCUCGAUUCAUUAUGGGCAAACCAGGAGAACAAAAAUCAUCAAAUCGAUGAUCUCGCCGCCGACGUGCACUGA